UCCAUCAACUUAAAUCAAAAGCUGACCACCAUGGCUUCAUCUAGGGAAAGCUUCGACAAUAUCUACCUUGACCUAUCCAAGGAGUCAGGUAAAUGCCGAUUCGCAGAUUCGGGAUUUGGAUGGAAGCCUUCUGGUGGCGGCGAUACCUUCACCCUUGAUCACAGCAACAUCGGUGGCGCAACAUGGAGUCGAGCAGCGAAAGGCUAUGAAGUCAAGAUUCUCCUUCGAAAUUCAGGCACCGUUCAGCUCGACGGGUUCGCCCAAGAGGAUUUCGAUCGCCUGAGCAAAAUCUUCAAGAACUGGUACAGCACGAACCUCGAACACAAGGAGCAUGCGCUUCGCGGUUGGAACUGGGGCAAAGGUGAAUUCGGAAAGGCAGAGCUUGCAUUCAACGUCCAGAACCGACCCGCGUUUGAAAUCCCCUAUUCUGAGAUCUCGAAUACAAAUUUAGCGGGCAAGAACGAGGUUGCGGUUGAGUUCUCACUCCCAGCUAAUGGUGACGACACGGGAACCAAUGGAGCAUUGGGUGGCGCAAGAGGAAAGGGCAAGAAGGCUGGUGCCGGCAAGGAUCAAUUGGUUGAGAUGAGAUUCUAUAUUCCUGGUACUACGACGAAAAAGGAGACCUUGGAAGGUGAGGAUGCGCCUAGUGAUGCUGAAGCUGAGGAGGAGCAAAAUGCGGCAAAUCUAUUCUACGAUACUCUCAUGGAUAAGGCAGAGAUCGGAGAAGUUGCUGGUGAUACCUUUGCUACCUUCCUUGAUGUGCUGCAUCUCACUCCUAGAGGCCGUUUCGAUAUCGAUAUGUACGAAAACUCCUUCCGAUUGCGUGGUAAGACAUACGACUACAAGAUUCAGUACGAGCAUAUCAAGAAGUUCAUGAUCCUCCCGAAGCCCGACGAAUUGCAUUUUAUGAUCUGUAUUGGUCUUGAUCCUCCCCUGCGGCAAGGUCAGACGAGAUAUCCAUUCUUGGUCAUGCAAUUCAAGAAGGACGAAGAGGUUACGAUCGAUCUGAACAUGACGGAAGAGUUGAUGAACGAGAAGUACAAGGACAAGCUGCUGCCACGUUACGAACAGCCAUUACAUCAAGUUGUCACUCAAGUAUUCCGUGGUCUUGCAGGAAAGAAGGUCAACCAACCUGCUAAGGACUUCUUGAGCCAUCACCAACAAUUCGGCAUCAAGUGCUCCAUCAAGGCUAGCGAAGGUUUCCUCUACUGCCUAGAGAAAGCCUUCAUGUUCGUCCCCAAGCCCGCAACCUACAUCGCAUACGAGCAAGUAAAAACCGUCAUUUUCUCUCGUGUCGGCGGUGCCGUUUCUGCUAGUCGCACUUUCGACAUCACGAUCGACAUGAAAGAAGGAGGCGAGUCGCAAUUCUCCAACAUCAACAGAGAAGAGCAGAAGCCCCUCGAGGACUUCUUCAAAAUCAAGGGUCUACGCGUUAAGAACGAGAUGGACGAAGAUAGCUCUGCAAUUCUGAAAGCAGCCCUGAGAGCAGAGGAGCUGGCCAGCAGUGAUGAGGAAGUCGUGGCUGCUCGCGCCGAUAGAGGCAGUGCGGAUGAGGACAGCGAGAGCGCGGACGAGGACUUCCAGUCAGAUAGUGAUAGUGACGUCGCGGAAGAGUUUGAUUCCAAUCAUUCGAGUUCGGGAAGCGACGAGGAAGAGGCUGGCAGUGAUAAGGAGGAGAGGCCUAAGAAGAAGGCAAAGACUGGUUAG